ACAGCGGUGUUUGCAAGCGCCGGGAUCAAUGUUCAGAGAUAGCGGGCUUCUUUAAUAGCAAAGUACUUCAGCGAUUCAAGGUACUGCUCAACCACGUGUACUGCGAAUAUACUAGACAGGUUAAACCCCCCAGAGUCUGUUGGAUUCAGUGUCCUCGCGCAGUUUACUCUUUAGAGAUGUCAAAAUGGUCAGUAGUGAUCGCUAUUCUCGGUGUCGCUAUUGGUUACCAGAUCUACGCUAAUCUGCAAAAUCCCAUCCCAGCGGAUUUGGAAGACGGUGACAAAAUCGCCGUGUUGGACGCCAUCGGUCGCCUUGGAAACCGUCUGAUGUUGACUGCAGCGAGAUUUGAUGUCAACUUAGCGACAUACAAACCAGUGAAGUUCUUGGUAGAUAACCUGUACUCCCUGAUUUUGAAUGGAAUUUCUCCAGGUCCAUACAAUGACGUCGAGAUUCAGGACACCACCAUAGCUGACGUUCCAGUGCGAGUGUUCAUUCCGAGGAGGAAGAAGACAGCGCUGUUUCCCGCCAUGAUAUAUCUACACGGGGGAGGAUGGUCCUGGCUGUCUGUGGAUGUCUACAGUCGAUUUCUCAGUCACCUGUGUAAUGCUACAAGCCUUAUGAUCAUUGCACCUCGAUAUCGGCAAGCCCCUGAGCAUGUGUACCCCGUUACCUUGGACGAAUGUCGCCGGGUUACUUGGGCAACUUUGGCGGGAAAAAGCAGAUUUCCCAUUCAUCCUAGUUACGUCAUCCUUGCAGGGGAUGAAGCUGGGGGUAAUAUGGCGGCCUCUCUAGCCACAGAAUUUCGCUCCAAGAUCUUCAUGCAGAUUCUCCUGAAUCCCAUGCUGCAAAUGUUUGAUUUUCUGACGCCAUCAUAUCAAGAUCACCAGGAAGUGUUGACUGGUAUUACGUCACCGUCCAGGUCUGCUGUCCAAUGGCUGAUGUAUUCUGGUGGCUCUGUGGGCUGGUUCCCGGCCCUACUACAGAAUGCUCAUCGAUUCCCUUCCCCAGAAAUUAUGAAACAUCAAACAUACCUCGAUUCCAACACUUACCUACCAUCUCACCUAAAGCUUACAAAGUCCAAAUCUGUGCAGUCCAAGGCGUAUGAUAGCAGCGUCAGCAAUGCAUUAAAGGCCUCCAUAACUUCGGAAUCUCUUUGUCCCGCAUUAACCAAUAAUGUUAUAGGUGUUCCUAAUACAUACAUUGUGACGUCACAAUUCGACGUGUUUAGGGAUGAGGCAGUCAUGUACAUUUCAAGACUUCAUAAACACAGUGCAUCAAAAGUCAAAUUAAAACACUACAAAAAGGCUUUUCAUGGCUUUUUUCCAUUUGCUGGAAACAAAGGUUGGUUUCAGUUUAAAGUGAGCGAUGAGGCUUUGCAGGACCUUACAGAAUUUAUCAGUUACCAAGUCCACAGACUAAUGAAGAACCCAACACCUUCAUAACCUUACUACACUGAAGAGUCAAUUUUUGCAUGCUUGUACAUCUGUAAAUAAACUAUCAGUACAUGUA